AUGAAAGCGAUCCAACUGCCCGCGCUGGUCAAAGGACCCAACGAGCUCCAUGCGGUGACUCUACCAGACCUUCAACCACACCCAUCGAAGUAUUUGAUCCGAAUCCACGCCGCAGCAGCCAACUUCUUCGACAACCUCCAGAUCCAAGGGAAACACCAACAGAAGCCUCCGUUGCCUUUCAUCGCCGGCAACGAGUUCUCCGGCGAGAUCCUGGCGGUGCCAACUUCGGCACCAAGCAAUGGAGGCCAAUGGCGCUUUAAACGAGGAGAUCGAGCGUUUGGAGCUGGGCUAGGAGCCUUCGCCACGCAGAUCCUGGCCGACGAGCCGGAUCUGAGACCCGUGCCGAAGAACUGGAGCUAUCUCGAAGCUUCGAGUCUUUUUUAUACGGCUCCCACAGCCUAUGCGGCGCUGAUUCUGCGAGCACAGGCAAAGAAAGGAGACUACGUCCUGGUCCACGGCGCGGGCGGUGGCGUCGGCCUCGCAGCCGUGUCCAUCGCCAGAGCACUAGGCCUAUACGUGAUCGCCUCCGCGGACACAGAAAAGAAGCGACAGGUCGCGAAAUCAUUCGGCGCGCACUUCGUAGUCGAUAGCAACAGCGACUGGGCCGAGCAAGCCAAGAGUCACACUCCCGACAAGCGCGGUGUCGACGUGGUCCUGGACACGCUGGGCGUCAUCGACAAGAGCCUGAAAUGCAUCCGCUGGAACGGGCGGCUGGUGAUCAUCGGAUUCGCGGCCGGGGCGAUUGAGAAGAUUGCGACGAACCGGAUCUUGUUGAAGAAUGUGUCGCUAUCCGGUCUGUUUUGGGGCAUGUAUGCCACAAUGGAGCCUGAGAGUGUUGCCGCCGUGUGGACCACGCUGUUGGAAUUGGUUGAGCAGGGGGGAAUUAAGCCGAUUAACUAUACUGGGAAGGAAUUUCAUGGGCUGGAAGAAAUCCCGGCGGCGUUGGAGCUGCUUUCGACAGGUAUGUGA